UAGUUCCUCUGCUACACACACACACCCACACACACACCACACACAGAGAUGGGAAGCGACAGCGAAGUUGAGAAAUCUGCGCAGAAGGAGAGGGAAAAGAAGAAGAUCUUGGCUCUCGCUCCCAUCGCCAAGCCACUCGCCGGAAAGAAGCUCUCCAAACGCGCUCUCAAACUUGUUCGCCGAGCUGCGGAGCACAAGUGCUUGAAGAGAGGAGUUAAGGAGGUCGUCAAAAGUAUUCGCCGCGGAAACAAAGGAAUUUGUAUUAUCGCUGGGAACAUAUCGCCUAUCGAUGUCAUCACUCAUGUUCCAAUCUUGUGUGAAGAAGCUAAUAUACCAUAUGUCUAUGUUACAUCGAAAGAGGAUCUCGCCAAUGCAGGAGCUACCAAGAGGCCGACUUGCUGUGUCCUCGUGUCGACCAAGCCCGCCAAGGGAGAGAUCGGGCAGGAGGAGCAAGAGAAGUUGAAGGGCGAGUAUGAUCAGGUUGCUUCUGACAUAUCAGAGCUUGCAAACACAAUGUUUUGAGUUAGUGUACCAAAUAUUACAUUAUGAUACUUUUAUUAGGUGUUUUAAGUUAAGCUUUGAGUUAAUGCAUUUUUCCCCAGCUUCUCUCA